CGGAGAUCCGGACUAGCACUAGGCUGCCUGCAGGGAGGGAACGGCUAAGGACCGCCGUUCGGUGAGCCGGAUGUCGUCGAGCUGGUAAAACUUGCACAGAGUGCUAGUGAGAUAUAGAGAACAUGUGUAUGGUCGUAUCACCUUUCGAGUUGCGAGUUGCGAGUUUGAUGUGAUGGAUGAUCUUCCUUUGAAACGAUUGUGUCGUUGGUUGUUGUUGUUAAUCGUACCACCCUUUGGCUCAGCCUCGGUCUUCAUUUCGCUCCCUCGCCCUCUCUCUCGCUCGCUCGCGCGCCAUCGAACGAGGAAAUUCAGAAUCUCACACAAUCCCGUCGGCGCUCAGCUUGUAUGGGUUUCAGACGACCCCAUCGACAUCACACUUGAUCGACAACCUCGACCAUCUAUCUAUCUAUCCACGGCCACCCCUCGACCAUCUCUUCUUAGCCAGACGACAUGCCCGCAACUCGAUCCCCUUCGUCGACAUCCCCGUGCCCGCUCACCACUACCGAUUGAUAAUAACAAGCUACUCGUAGUCGUUCCGGCUUGACAAUCACGGCCAGAGGGAUUGAAUUAUCUACACGAAACGAUUAGUAUACCUGGAGCAUACGUCUUGGACGGCUUGUGCCCCGUUGGCUACUGGCAACGAUCACUCGAGGGAUAUACAUAUCGAACGCGAGGAAACGGCUACAAGAUCAUAGGAUCAUAGGCCU